CGCGGGCUCAGAAUAAGAGUCACUGCGCAAACACGUAUGGCAAGUAAAGGGGAGGUGCGGAAAAUAUUUAGGGGGAUCCCCAUCAAAGCAAGAAAUACUAAAACGGCGAACCAGCCUCCUUCGCAUUGUUAAACCUUUAGGAUUGGUUUCAGGUCUCGUUGCGCGUUUUUUGUGGAGGAUUUGACUUGGAAAAAUUGCCAAGACCUGGCAACCUCGGUGGAGCGGUAAACCCGGAAGGACAAGGAAACAACUGGGAACAAACAGAAAAAGAGCGAAAAAAUGGCGAAGGCUGCUCCGAAAAGGGAAGCUCAACUUAACUUUUAAAGAUACGCAGAGAGGGAAUCAAACGAAGAAAUCCGCAGACGAUUUAAAAUAAACCAACACGCGAGAGAAAGACAAUGGUUAACGGCGACACGGGAAAGCGUGAAGUGUGAACGGCGGCAUUUGUUAAUAAUCUGAAGUAAAGGAGUAUCCGGGAAUAGGGGCGAUGUAAAGCGCUUUGUCCGGUAACUUACGGCGCGUCCCUCGGGCUGGUUAUAUAUCGCCAAUCACCAUCUAUAUCCGUGUAAGAUAAUUACUACUCGGCAGCUGUUGGUAUCGUUUGAAAAGGGCUUCAUCUGCGCGCGGUCGGGCUCCGUUUCCCCGCUAUUUGCCCUCUGAUUCCCGGUCCUGGGUCGAUGAUUCGUAGAUAAUAAUGACCGUGGCCGUGUUUUUCGGGUGCGCUUUCAUCGCCUUCGGGCCGGCAUUAGCUCUCUUCGUCUUCACCAUCGCCAGGGACCCCCUGCGAGUCAUCAUCCUCAUCGCCGGGGCCUUCUUCUGGCUGCUGUCGCUGCUGCUCUCCUCGCUGGUGUGGUUCAUAGCUGUAAAGGCCAGCCGCCAGGAGGAGGCCACUGCGCAGAAGGGCCUGCUCAUUUUCGGGGUCAUGUUCUCCGUGGUGCUGCAGGAGGUUUUCCGCUUUGCCUACUACAGGCUCCUCAGGAAGGCAAACGAAGGCUUGGCUGCAAUCAGCGAGGAAAACCUAUCGCCCAUUUCAGUCCGCCAGAUGGCCUACGUGGCUGGCCUUGGCUUUGGCAUCAUGAGUGGAGCCUUCUCUAUGAUCAACAUCCUGUCGGAUUCCCUGGGUCCUGGAACCGUAGGCAUCUUUGGUGAUUCACAGUAUUACUUCAUCACUUCAGCUUUUAUGACCCUGGCCAUGACUCUCCUCCACACCUUCUGGGGGGUCGUGUUCUUCGACAGCUGCGAGAGAAACCGGUGGUGGGCCGUCGCCGUGGUGCUGUCGCUGCACCUGCUAGUAUCUGGCCUGUCCUUGCUGAAUCCCACCUACGAGGGCAGCCUGCCUCCUGUGUACGUGAUCAUGGUCCUGAUGGCCGUGUGGGCCUUCUUCUCCGGCGGCGGCUCCGUGCAGAGCCUCAUGCAAACAUGGCCAUGUAAGUCUCCUCUCUGUCGUCACCAUUCUCAUUAGCGUGUCUGACAUGCUCACGCGCACUAGCAUUUUCAUUAAGCUGUUUGACGUGCUCUGGCACCUGUUUCAUUGUCCAUUUUUUCACCUGUUAUAGCCGAAGCACCAAAGGACCGUGAAUAAAGCAACCGUAUCUCAUUGCAUUCUGCCCCUGCAUACCAGUGCAAGCUGUGCCCGUUUCAGUGAAAGUGGCAUCCUUGCAGGAAGCAUGCCCUUUCCGUUUUGUUGAGUGCUGCUCUCCCUGUUAAACUGUAAUGUGAUAUUCCCACGCUGGGUCCCUGUUCUGAUGCCAUGUUGCAUCUCUUUCAGGUAAAAAGAGCGACGUUGGUUCCUCCUAACUGAUGUGCUGAGCACCUCUUGAUUUUUUUUUUUUGAUCGCUCUCCCCUACCUGCCUCUGAGGGGAGAGGAUCACGUUGGUCUGUGUGUCACUGUCCAGUGACACGGGGGUCCAAAAUAAGGGUCAAGCAGGGUCAGUCCGGAGAAUGCAAAUUACCCCCCCCCCCCCCAGUGGACAAUGGACAGGCAGAACUGGAGACCCCAACCACAAUGCUUCUGCCGAACCUGUCUGGGGAAUGGUGUUUCAAGAACCUUCAUUGCUGUAAAAAUGUUCUUAAAUGUUGCACAUGCCCACAGAAUACCUGAAGAUUUGAACUGUACCUGUGUGUGUUAUUGAGCAAUGGAUCUAAAGUUAUUGUUGUAAUUGUCCCCCCUCCCCCCCCUUCGUCUCUGUCCUAUUGCUUCACUUUCUCUUGUUAUAUUAUGUUGGUGUUUCGAGUUCCAUAUUAGGCUGGGUUAGGAUGCUCCGCCCAUGGUACUGAUUUUUCAUAGCAGUUUUGGCCCCAACAGCAAUUGCUGUCUGAAGACUGACUGUCCAGUCGAGUCGUGUGCUCACCCUUAAGCGUCACCCAUUUGUCUUAUGACUUCCUGCAACUGGCACACUUUGGUGCAUUAGACUUCAGUCUUGUGUUUGACAAGUGGAGCGGAGGUCAUGCAUAGGUCACUUUCAGGAAUGACUGCCAGUACCUUGGAUGAGAGCAAGAGGACCUAGUCACACGCUUGGCCAUUUUUUGUUUAAUCGCAAAAAUUCUCCUGAUUAUAUAUACAUUUUUUUUUUUUAUCUGAUUACACUCAAGCUUUCCCCUUAAUGUGAGGCUAUUCUAUGACCAACUUGGGUUAAGUUUCUACACCAACUCUUUUUGUGUGCUGUACAAUUUCUUAUGCAAAUAUAAUUUGUGGCGCUAUGCUUUAAAAACAAAAAUCAAACUACAGAUUCUGUAUAUAACAAAGGUUUUAUAUCUAUAUUUUUCUUUUUUUGGUUAGAUUUGCAUACAUAUGACAAACCGUAACCUUGUCUGUAAACAUGGACAUUUACUGACCGAUUUGAAUCUUCAGGAACACUCUUAUUGUCGUAUUGUAAACAACUGUGAUUAAGAACCACAUGGCGAUUGCGCUGCAGCAGAUCGGGGAGGUUUGGUCCUGGGCUUGUGAUUCUGUCUGAUGGUGCUUUCUCCAUCGAUGAUGUAGCAUUUCAUCUGAGAUAUGGUACAAUCGGCUACGCUGUAGCUAUUUUGGUUCUGUUAUGUUCAACGAAGACGUCAGUUGUAGCCAAAGAAAUCCACACUACAGCAUCUGUAACUACAGCUUUUACGAUUUCUAUCCACUUGUGGUCCUUGUUUUAACUUCACACAAAUUUUUAUGUACGAAACAAAACUGCUAUGUUGCUUUAGCUGUCUUUUUUUUUUUUUUUUUUUGUAUAUAUCGAUUUGUCUGCUAGAGCUUCAGCCUUGAUGUCCUGUUAUUUUGGGGAUAGUUUUUGCUAGUUAAUGCCAACUGUUAUGGCUUAACCGUUGAUCUUUAAUUUUUUUUUUGUCCGGCUGAGGAUGUGUGUAUGAAUACCGAAAGCCAUGAGGUCUGCGGUGCCUGCUGUAGCAAAGUGCUUCUAAAUUCUAGUAUCUAAAUUCCCGUGUUGUCUGGCUUUUCCACAAAAUGUUCAUUCCUUCCAGACGAAAGGCUUUUCGGAAUUCCUGACUGCUCAUCAUGGGGGGUAGCGAGUGGCUGCUUUUAAUCCAUUCAGAAUCGCAAGUGUGGUCAUGCGUGGGAAAAAAUCGUCGUCCAGAUGCUGAUUCUGAUGCUCAUAUUUUACUAUAUUUUUAUAAUGAUUCCUAUUUGAAACCGGCCAGAGUAGAAAUCGAAUGGAAUGUUUGAUCUCUGGGGACAGUGAGGACAGACUGCUCCAGUGUCACCGAGGAAUGAGUCGUCUGUAGCCAGCUCAAGCCAUGGGGGUCAUAAAAACGGCAUAUUGCUGUAGAUCCUUGCGUGUGAGAAAUCAUUGUAUAGACUCCAGUUAAAAAGUAUUGCUUAGUUCUAUGGAAGCAUUUAGUUUUAGGUUGCAAUUGUGCUGAUCAGGAACAGUAUCCCAAUCAAAACAUUGGCCCUUACCGAGAAUUUUCAGGUAAGGUGUGUGCGGGCCGAUGCCCACUGGCGGUCAAUGUCCCAGACCAGAUAUAGCCUGUCGCCGUAAUAAAUGAGGGUGUAGGACCUCAAAAAUCACUUGUUUACUUCUGCUUAGAGGCUCUGAAAUCAGCAUUAUCUUCACAGGAAAGCCGAUUCAGCUCUGAUAAUAGUGCUCAGCCAAAACUCAGCGACACUUUCUCCAUUGUUUGUUUUGGGUUUUGUAUAAUUUCUCCAUUUCUAGGGUGUUCUGAUUUUUACAUACAGUAUGCAAAUAUGCGACACAAGAUGUGUAUUUCUUGAAGCUAAUUAUAACUUUCAUUUACCAUUUAUUUUCGCAUUAGCAUCUGCAUAUAGGAACUGGUGCUCCCAAUUUUUAAAUUUAAUAAGUUGUGAAAAAUGAAUAAAUAAAAAGGCAUCUAAUGUUACUGUGCAGCUGUAGAUAAUUUGUAAGAUGUGUGCCAAACCUGGGUUACCUUGCAUUUUGUAACAAUUAAAGAAACCUUGUCUCCUAA